GCUUUCGUUUUCUUACUUCCGGUGUGCAUUGUGCAUGCAAAGACCAAGAUCUCAAGCCUCUAUAGAUGCAAUAUAAUGCAAUGUUGUUAGCGGUGUAGGCUAGAAGAAGGAACAUACUGAUCAAUAUUUUGGGAUUCCUCCUCUGUGUUUCAAGAUGGAUGCAAAGUUACCCCAGAAAAAAUACUACAGGCAGAGAGCUCAUGCUAACCCAAAUUCGGAUCACAAUCUUGAAUACCCAGUGAAACCAGAGUUGAUGGACUGGUCCAAGUACUAUCCCGAUCAUUUUGCUCCUGUCACCACGGAGAAUGAGAGCCGUGAUAGAGAAGAUUUAAACGGAACAGAGUUGACAGCAAAACAGAAGCGGGUAGAAUUUGCUGACAUUGGUUGUGGAUAUGGAGGAUUAUUAGUGACCCUGUCCCCCCUUUUCCCCGAGACCCUGAUGCUGGGUAUGGAGAUUCGUGUCAAGGUCAGUGAUUACGUCCAGGAUCGCGUGAAGGCACUAAGGACCCAACACCCUGGCAGUUACGACAACAUUGCUUGCAUCAGAGCAAACGCUAUGAAGUAUCUCCCAAAUUUCUUCCAUAAAGGGCAGCUUACGAAAAUGUUUUUCCUCUUUCCCGACCCGCACUUCAAAAAGACCAAGCACAAAUGGAGGAUCAUCAAUCAAACACUGCUUGCUGAGUACGCCUACGUCAUGAAAGUUGGGGGUUUUGUUUAUACGAUCACCGACGUGAAAGACCUUCAUGACUGGAUGGUGGACCACUUCAUGCAGUUUCCCUUGUUUGAGAGAGUGAACGAGGAAGAUUUGAAAGAGGAUAUUGUGGUGGAGAAACUCUACACCAGUACGGAGGAGGGGCAGAAGGUGACUCGCAACAAGGGGGACAAGUGGCUGGCCGUGUUCCGGAGGAUUGAGUCAAGGCCAGACUCCCGCUCGUGACAUUAAUUCUGCCGUUGUCAUUUAGCUUUUAUCUCAAUCACAAAUACAGUUACUGACUAUACAGUU